AGGCAGAUAAAUUCAGUCUGUCUUCCACUAGCUAGAGCUGGACAUCAAUGGGAAUUGAUCAGUGAAAAGUUGGAAGCUAGCAUGCAUAUUCUCAUAUGCAGAACGUUGCACACACAUAAACUUAUCGGGCAUACAACGAAAUGAUAUCGUUGAUCAUGAUUUUCGUAAGCAUGUAGGAUUUUUCCUAUUUGGGGAUUCACGAUUACCCUGAUCUGAUUUUCGGUGAAGGUUUUGCGGAUUAAUGAAAAAGACUUCAACAUAGUAAAAUUCUUUCUCAAUAUUCCUAUUGUAUAUUAUGAUCGAUAACGGGGAAUUAUUGAUCGGAGAGAGUUUUAACCAACACUAGGCAAUCAGAGAGUGAACGAUAGAUGAGCUCCUAACUAGCUAGAAAUCAUGUGCAUGUCAUAGCUAGCAACCAUAUUCCAGUUUAAGAGUUAUUUGAUUACAACAACUAUAGAAGCUGCCAGCCGGAUGUAAGAAUAAAAACCGACAAACAAGCGAGAGUCAUCACAGUGAAUUCGUUCUGCUAGAACUUUAUACGAUAACAAUUAGUUAAUGACUUAGAUCAUGUGGGUUUUGGUCAAUUUGAAACCCUAAAAAAAAUAUGAAGACAAUAAUGUGAAAGUUUCUUUUUGAAACAUAUCCCCUAGCUAGCUUUGAAUCCAAUGUAGCUUCCUUCUACUCCAUUGCCUUCUCCAUCAAUCCAUCGUGUAGUAGGUACCAAUACUAACCACCAAAGCACAUGCUGAGAAAAUUUGCGUUUUAUAGAGAGACUAUGGCAGCAGUUGUGCUCUAUCACACGCCAUUGACUGAAAGCAUUACAGAGAGGGAUUUAUGGGGAAAAAGCUUAGGGAGAUAAGGGCUUUGGACUUUUCAAAAAUGUACCAAAAACUAAAACAUUCCAAAAAAUUAUUAUACCAUGAAGUGGUUUCAAAAGUGAGGGCCCUGCUUAUUGAAUUCUUACCCUAUUGUGGAAGUGAAACCCAAAAUGGAAAGGAGGGCCAAAAGAUGUCAAGAACAAAAGGGGUUAAUUAGGUUCUUGAUCCGAACUGUCGUGUAAGGUUUUGAUUAGCGUAUAAUGAUCGAUAAGCAACUCAUUUCAUAGCCCACUUGAUUUGGAUCAGGAACGUUAGUCACUCGGUAGAGCAUAUCCAACCAUGUAUAUAAUCUAUGCUUUGUCGAUCUGAUCGAUAGCAUAUAAGGUCUUUGUCACCUUUUCUGUUAACUUCAGACGAGUCAAAAGUAUCGCGUGAGGAUGGACAGUUCAGAUGGAACAUGAUGCAAAGAGUGAAAAUAAGUGUAGUUAUUUCAUAUUUUCAUCGACAAGUUAAGUAUGCAAAGAUAUUGAAAUUCAACAACCGAAUUGUUAGUAAAACCAAAUUCUAGUGACCUCUCAUGCAAUUGGCCAAAGAAGAAAAGUAUGGGAAGUAACUCUAGUUAGUGCAAGAGGAGUUGUUGGUUCAUGUUCAGUGACAGCUAACAAUUCCUGGUAAUGGUGAGAUUAAAAUUUCCUGGCUGGUGUUCUACAGAAAAGAGUGUUAAUUAGAAGACUUUUGGAAGCCAAAAGAGAGCAUAAAGUCUAUGUUUAUAAUUGGAAAUACAGAAAUUGUGGGCAUGUUGAUUUAUUGAGAGGGUUUUUUUUUUCAAUCUUUCCAUGUUGUCAUCAACCAUUCAGCCGCCCAUUGUUUUAAUUUGGGAUAUAUAUUGAUGGUUACAUGUUCAAUCCACCAAUCAUGCACAAAUGUGGCCAACAAGUGAAUUUAUUAUAUAUCUUUCCCAUCUCUGCCUUCUGUAAGUUUUGUUUGCCUUAUUUGGAUCACUUAACUUAUUACUUUAAGAAUUUCUGUGAAAAUAAAUGGGAUAUAGAUAACAAAUAUAUGUUCCAAUCUUCCAUGAUGCAUACGUUUGAUAAUAUUCAAAACAAUUUGUAUAUGGGUUUCUAUACGUCGAGAUUUAUGUCUAUGAUCUUAGCUAGCGAGCAGAUAGAAAUUUGUGUGUGUGAUUCAACCCGAAUAUAUUGAAGUGAUUUUUGUGUUGUCAUCAAUAUAUGAAAAUAAGAGAAAUUGUGGAGGUUUUAUAUCUAUAUGUGGAAGUUAGUCUCGAUUUUGAUAUCUCGAAAACUGAGUGGACAAAUUAAAAAUUUGUUUGAUUCAAGCCGACUAUAUAUUGUUUUUUUUUAUAUUUCGAGGUCAGUGUCGAUGCGCUUCGCCAGAAUAUUUCGUGGACAUAUUCAAAAUUUGCCUGACUCAAACCAUAUUAGAGUUUCUAUUGUAUAUACGAAAGCAAGAAAUUUGUCGAGCUUUUAUAUAUGUCAAAGUCACCGUUAAGAUGAUGUUAUCUUGAAAGUUGAUUGUGCAGACUAAAAAUUCAUGUGUUUCAGAUCGACCUUAUUAAAAAUUUAUUCUAUCGUUGUUGAUACAAGAUAAAGGAAGUUGCCUCUCAACAAACAUUUGCAUGCAUAUGAUUCAAUUUUGUACAUGGGUAAAAAAAAGUAAAAGGGGGAGGGGAAUAGUUCAUGAGCAUGCCAAUAACCUUUUACUUUCCCCUUGUCUCAAGACACAUAUGAUGUGGUCCAUUGAUGAAGAACUCCAUCAUGUUUUAUCUCUCAAGUCAACAAAAGGUCCUAAAAUAACACCAUACUCUGUCACACCUCUUUAAACGAAUUUGAAUAUCGCACCAAACAUGAUAUACGUAGUCAUCAUGUAUAUACUUUUUUUAGUAGUCUCAUCUGUAAGAUAAUGAUUGUGAUGCACACAUUCAAAUACGAAAACUCAUACAGAUCAUGUCGAUUCGAUUCUUGAUUCAAUGAAGACAUAUACAAGCCAAUCCGAAUUCUUUUUGCCUCCUCCCAUUGUAAGUGUUGCCCCAUUAUUAGGACACCCACCAAAUUGGACCCAAAACAUAAAAGAGAAGAAGAAGAGAACAGAAAAAAAGAAAAGGCUGCAAUAUCCCACUUGAUUGUUACUCCCACAUGCUGUCAUCUCCCAUUAUUGAGAAAAUCACAUGCUAUACUUCCAUCCAGUAUUAUAUGCUAAUUAACUAUAAUCUAGUGCUCCCUCGAGAAAAAUUCAGAUCUUCCAGUAUAUUUUGCUAUCAAGAUGCAAAGUAAUUAGGGGCAAAGAAACCCUUAAUUAGGAUUAACGUGUGUGGCAUUAAGCAUAACAUAAGGGUCGUUUGGAUGGAUCAAUUGUAAAAUGAGACAAUUUGACCAAUUGUUUCAUUUUAUAAAACGAGUCAAUUCAGAUUACCUGCCCCCACCCCAGACAAUUGUAAUUGGCUCAAAAUGAGUCAAUUCAGAAUUCCCCAGCCCAAAUUGCUUCAUCCAAAUUUUCUGCUGCCAAACGGAUCAAUGUAGCACAAUUGACUCAAAACGAGACAAUUGUGUCAGAUUGAUCCAUUAGAAUUCCUCAUCCAAACGACCCCUAGGAUUUCUUCUGCAAUGUGCAAUUGCAGAUUACUGAUGUGGCCUACAAUAUAUAAUUGUGAAGAGCAUGGUACGGUUUUGGGCAGUGGGAGUUUGCCACUUGGAUGCCUGAAAUACAAGCUCUUAAUUAAUUAGACGUAUUUUUUUUGUUAAUUAUGAUCAAAAUGAUUCCCUUAAAUCUAGAGCCUUGAUCAGUUGAUCACCCCAGAUCAAUGUGGAUUAGACAUGGUCUAAUUAUAAUUAAUUAAUAACAUGAUCAAUAUAUAAUGAAACUUAAUUAAACCGGUAUUGAUCGAUCCCAUCUCCAAUUUUCUUUAAAAUUUUCAAAAUAAUUAUCUUAGUAUUUUGUAGGGAAGGUGCGUGGAAGAUAAGAUCACCCUGAAAUUUAGGGUGGAAAAGAAAAUUAAGAUCAAUUGUAGUAAUUAAGAACUAAGAAUACUCUAGGGGAGUGGAAUCAUUAAAAAAAGAGACUUCCAAAAUUUUGAUUCAAUUAAAAUGAUUAGUAGUUGAAGAUGAGCUUUCUGAAAUUCAAACAAGAAUUCAUCAUCCAAAAGGCCAGCUAAUUAACUACCCAAUUUGCCACAAGCAAAUCUCAAUCAAAAUCAUCAUUUUUUUUUUCAAAUUAAAAUAUAAUUAACACAUUAAAUCAAAAUUAUAAUUGGUGCCAAUAUGACAGCAACUUCUUAACGACUUGGCUUCUAUAUAUACUCUUUAUUUCAUGCAAUCUUAAUCCACACCUCCCCCAACUAAAACCCACUUCUCCUUCACUUUCCCGGCGACCAAAAAAUGGCGACCUCUUCUGGCGGCCGCCGGUGGCCGCAACUUGCCUUGGCAUUAGCCUUGGCUUUUGUAGCAAUUGGUAUUAGCAAUGUGGCCGGAGACCCAUAUGUUUAUGCUUCUCCUCCGCCACCAUACAUCUACAAGUCCCCUCCACCUCCUUCUCCUUCCCCUCCGCCGCCGUACGUCUACAAGUCGCCGCCGCCACCUUCCCCGUCGCCUCCUCCGCCUUACGUCUACAAGUCUCCUCCUCCUCCCUCGCCGUCACCACCGCCCCCAUACUACUACAAGUCACCUCCUCCUCCUUCACCGUCUCCACCACCACCUUAUGUUUACAAGUCACCGCCACCACCAUCACCGUCGCCACCUCCGCCGUAUGAGUACAAAUCUCCUCCUCCUCCUUCACCGUCGCCACCACCACCAUACGUCUACAAGUCUCCUCCUCCUCCUUCCCCGUCACCACCGCCACCAUACUACUACAAAUCUCCUCCUCCUCCUUCGCCGUCACCGCCGCCACCUUAUGUCUACAAGUCUCCUCCUCCUCCUUCCCCGUCACCACCGCCACCAUAUUACUAUAAGUCUCCUCCACCGCCGUCUCCAUCUCCUCCUCCACCGUACCACUACUCCUCUCCACCACCACCCAAGAAGUCACCACCGCCACCAUACUACUACAAGUCUCCUCCACCACCUUCUCCGUCUCCUCCACCACCGUACUACUACAAAUCUCCUCCACCACCGUCACCUUCUCCUCCUCCUCCAUACUACUACAAAUCUCCUCCUCCGCCGUCCCCAUCACCACCGCCGCCAUACUACUACAAAUCUCCCCCACCACCGUCUCCAUCUCCUCCUCCGCCGUACUACUACAAGUCACCACCACCACCCAAAAAGUCACCGCCGCCACCAUACUACUACAAAUCUCCUCCACCACCGUCGCCAUCUCCUCCACCACCAUACCACUACUCCUCCCCACCACCACCCAAGAAAUCACCGCCGCCACCAUACUACUACAAAUCUCCUCCUCCACCAUCACCAUACCCGCCACCACCGUACCACUACUCCUCUCCACCACCACCAAAGAAAUCACCGCCGCCACCAUACUACUACAAGUCCCCACCGCCGCCAUCACCAUCGCCGCCCCCGCCAUACUACUACAAAUCGCCACCACCUCCGGUCAAAUCCCCGCCAUCUCCAUACUACUACAAGUCCCCUCCGCCGCCCAAGGCAUACUACCCUCCACCGUACCACUACUCCUCACCGCCACCGCCGGCCGUCCACCCCCACCACGUGGUCGUGAAGGUCGUCGGAAAAGUAUACUGCUACCGAUGCUACGAUUGGAAGUACCCAUCCAAGUCCCACGAUAAGAAACAUUACAAAGGUGCCACGGUGGAAGUGACGUGCAAGGCCGGGAAAGAAGAGAUCAAGGCAUACGGCAAGACGAAGAUCAACGGCAAGUACAGCAUCGCCGUCGAAGGGUUCGAGUACGGCAAAUACGGAGCCGGCGCGUGCACGGCGAAGCUCCACGCGCCGAAGAAGGGGACCAAGUGCAGCGUCCCGACCAAGCUCCACGGCGGCAACAAGGGCGCCAUGGUCAAAGUGAAGUCCAAGACCUACGACGAGGUUGUCCUCCAGGCCAAGUCUUUUGCUUACGCGCCCAAGAAUGCUUAUUCGGACUGCGAAAAGCCCAAGCCCAAGCCCGAGCCCAAGCCCACUCCGUCUCCUUACUACUACAAGUCGCCACCGCCGCCGUCUCCCAAGCCUUACUACUACAAGUCCCCGCCACCACCGUCGCCGUCACCACCCAAGCCUUACUACUACAAGUCACCUCCUCCACCGUCGCCGUCACCGCCUCCUCCUUACUACUACAAGUCACCACCGCCGCCGCCUAAGAAAGCACCUGCACCGACGUACUACUACAAGUCACCACCACCACCGUCGCCAUCUCCUCCCAAACCUUACUACUACAAGUCUCCACCGCCACCGUCGCCAUCACCACCACCUCCAUACUACUACAAGUCUCCGCCGCCACCUAAGAAGGCACCGGCACCGGUCUACUACUACAAGUCCCCACCGCCACCAUCGCCGUCACCACCUCCUCCUUACGUCUACAAGUCACCGCCACCACCACCAAAGAAGGCACCCGCACCAACAUAUUACUACAAGUCACCACCGCCACCAUCGUCGUCUCCUCCUCCACCUUACUACUACAAAUCACCACCACCGCCUAAGAAGGCACCAGCACCAACGUACUACUACAAGUCACCACCGCCUCCAUCACCGUCUCCUCCGCCACCAUACUACUAUAAGUCGCCGCCACCACCGUCUCCCUCGCCACCGCCACCAUACUACUACAAAUCCCCACCACCACCGUCUCCCUCGCCGCCACCUCCUUAUUACUACAAGUCCCCACCACCACCAUCACCUUCGCCGCCGCCUCCAUACUACUACAAAUCUCCACCACCUCCUUCACCGUCGCCGCCACCUCCAUACUACUACAAGUCACCACCGCCUCCGUCUCCCUCGCCGCCGCCACCAUACUACUACAAGUCCCCACCACCACCAUCACCUUCACCUCCGCCUCCAUACUACUACAAAUCUCCACCACCUCCUUCACCGUCGCCGCCACCUCCAUACUACUACAAGUCACCACCGCCUCCAUCUCCCUCGCCGCCGCCACCAUACUACUACAAGUCCCCACCACCACCGUCACCUUCACCUCCGCCUCCAUACUACUACAAAUCCCCACCACCUCCCUCGCCGUCGCCUCCUCCACCAUACUACUACAAAUCUCCUCCACCUCCCUCACCGUCGCCACCGCCUCCUUACUACUACAAAUCUCCCCCACCACCGUCGCCUUCGCCGCCUCCUCCAUACUACUACAAGUCUCCACCACCUCCCUCACCAUCACCACCUCCGCCUUAUGUCUACAAAUCACCUCCACCACCGUCACCAUCUCCACCACCACCUUACUACUACAAAUCCCCUCCACCACCGUCUCCCUCGCCGCCGCCUCCUUACCACUACAAAUCUCCACCACCUCCCUCACCAUCACCACCACCACCGUACUACUACAAGUCCCCACCGCCGCCGUCACCUUCCCCACCUCCUCCUUACCACUACAAAUCCCCACCACCACCCUCGCCGUCACCUCCUCCCCCUUACUACUACAAAUCUCCACCACCGCCGUCACCUUCCCCACCUCCUCCCUACCACUACAAAUCGCCACCGCCUCCCUCGCCGUCACCUCCACCACCGUACUACUACAAAUCUCCUCCACCACCAUCACCCUCACCGCCGCCUCCUUACCACUACAAAUCUCCUCCUCCUCCCUCACCGUCGCCUCCUCCACCAUACUACUACAAGUCUCCACCUCCACCGUCGCCCUCUCCCCCUCCUCCCUACUACUACCACUCUCCUCCCCCGCCGGUGAAAUCUCCUCCGCCGCCGGCCUACAUCUACGCUUCUCCCCCGCCGCCAACUCACUACUAGGUCCGAAAGGCCCGAUCGGGUACCACAAGCAAUCACGUAAGUCAAACUCCAUAAAUCGAUCUUCUCCAAUCAUUCCUUCCCAUUAGUGAAAAUAUACAAUUAUAUUGAUGAUCAUCCCUUUCUCUAAUGUAAAUCAUCUUCAUGCAGAUUUUAGAUUUGAGGACGGAAUAAAAGAAGGCUCCAACGGUCAUCAUCUAAAGGCUUGCAACCCAAUUAGUCCACUGCCCUAUAGUUCCAAUAAUGUUCACCAACAUGCUUCAGUUUCCAUGGCCGCCAUGCUUCACAUUGCAAUCUUGCUGUGUUCAUCAUCAUCAAGUGGAGUUUGGUUCAAGAGACGGGUGAAUUUGGGUGGGGAGUAAUUGAGGAGCAACGCGAUUUUAAAUUAAUUAAAUUCUGAAUUCGAUCAUUUUGGGUUUUGGAUGAGAGUCCUUUGGAGGGAAGGUUGUUUUCAAUUGGUGUAUGUAAUUUUUAAUGAUUUUUAGUUUCCGGGGUAAUUAAUUUGUAAUGUGGGCUUCUACCCUCUAUUUAAAUUUGCUAUGUGUAUUAUUAUUAUUAUCCCUAUAAGUUAUAUAAUGUUGUGGGGGAAGAGGUAAGAAUGUAAUUGUUUUGUAAUAAGAUUGAAUCUAUUUUAUAUAUUGCUCCAUGUUUUCUCUCCUCUUCUUGGGAAAUUCGAUAUUAAUAUCGGGAAUAAUUAACGAUUACAAUAUGUUUAUACUGAUAAAUGAUAACGUGAUAUUUAUAUAUUUUACGACGAAACUACGUCAUGGAAGCAACUGAUGGACCACAUAUGGUUGUCAUAUUUGCAAGUGCUUUAGUUUCCCCCCACUAUGGCAACACAACAAAUUAUAAAUGUCACCCUUUUCACAGCUAUGUAACAGAGUAAUAAUAAUUGAAAAUGAAU